AGCGCCUCUUCCAUUUCUCACCCCCCAGCCGCCGAGCCUAGUUAGCGUCAGAGAGACUGAAAGCAAUGGUGUCCGGGUCAGGGAUCUGCGCUAAGCGCGUGGUGGUGGACGCUCGCCACCACAUGCUCGGUCGGUUGGCGUCGAUAAUCGCCAAAGAGCUUCUCAAUGGGCAGAAGGUGGUGGUGGUUCGCUGCGAGGAGAUCUGUAUCUCCGGUGGUUUGGUGAGGCAGAAGAUGAAGUACAUGCGCUUCUUGCGUAAGCGCAUGAACACCAAGCCUUCUCAUGGCCCCAUUCACUUUCGUGCUCCUGCUAAGAUCCUCUGGCGCACAAUUCGUGGGAUGAUUCCUCACAAGACAAAGCGUGGAGCUGCUGCACUUGCUCGUUUGAAGGCAUACGAAGGGGUUCCCCCUCCUUAUGAUAAGAUAAAGAGGAUGGUCAUUCCGGAUGCUCUCAAGGUCUUGAGGCUUCAAGCAGGACACAAGUACUGUUUGUUGGGCAAGCUUUCAUCAGAGGUUGGAUGGAACCACUAUGACACCAUCAAGGAGCUUGAAAAGAAGAGAAAGGAGAGGGCUCAACUUGCAUAUGAGAGGAAGAAGCAGUUGAACAAAUUGAGGGUCAAAGCAGAAAAGGUUGCUGAGGAGAAACUAGGUCCUCAUCUAGAGAUCAUUGCUCCUAUCAAAUAUUGAUGAUUAGGCACUUUUCUUUUAAGAUGAAAAUGUUGUGGAGGAUUGGAUUCUGUGGCAGUCUUCAGUUUUGUUUUGAAUUAUGAUACUAGAUUGUUACUUGUGAUGGUCUAGUGAUGGUAACGAGCUUGCUUAGUUCCUUUUUAUCUUUUUGAUACAUAGUGGAAUACAUUUGUCUGAGAUUUAUAUUUACUGUUUAGAUGGUAAAAUGAA